AUGGCCUCCCCGCCCUCCCCACCGCCGCCGCCCGCUCCCACCACCAUAUUCGAUCUCGGCGACGACCUCCUCCGCGAGAUCUUCCUCCGCCUCCCCGCCCUCCCGACCCUCGUCCGCGCCGCCUGCGCCUGCCGCGCCUUCCGCCGCGCCGCCCGCACGUUCACCUCCUUCCGCCGCAGCUUCCGCGAGCGCCACGCGCCGCCCGUGCUCGCGCUCUUCCUCGAGCCCAACAUGGAGGUCGUCCCGCUCCACCCCUGCCCCUGGCGCCGCCGCGACCCGGACCUCGUCGCCGCCGAUUUCUUUGACGUCCGCCACGGCGACGCCCUCUCCUCCGGGUGGAAGAUCAAUUCCGAGACUCCUAGCUCCGGCGGCUACCUCAUCCUCGACAACUGGAGCGAGGGCGCUCAGCGGGUAGCCGCCUACAGCCCGCUGACGCAGGUCCUAGAUCUGUUCCUCGAUCUGCCGCCGGUGGGAAAGAUCUACCUUGAAUUCUACACGCUCCUCCCCGAAGACGGCCGGAGGCCGUCCCGCGUGGUCUGUGUGCGUGUAGACGGCCAACGGGCGGAGCGCGCCGCCGUCUUCUCAUCGGACACCAUGGAGUGGCAAAUUUUCCCAGAGACUACGCUGCAGCUGACUGUAUCUGACAGGCUCAGGGCCAGCGGAGUGGUGCAUGGGCUCGUUUACUGGAGAGGCUGGAUGCAUGACCAAAUUGUUGUGCUCGAAACCAUGACCUUUCAGUUCUUCCUGAUUGAUCUGCCGGCGCCUUUGAAACCGGAGUUGGGUGAAUCAACAUAUAAGCUUGGUGAGACCAAGGAUGGGAAGCUCUGCAUCGUAGAUAUAAAGGAUAACACCAUUGUUUCUUGGUUCCUGGACAAUGGCAGUGUCCUCAACAGCUGGAUUACGUACAAGAAUUUCCCAUUGCGCCCAAUUGUUAGGGAGCUCACUGGGUGCUCAAUGGAGGAAGAGGAUUAUUGUAAUGUCAAUGUGGACCUUGUGGCAGUUAUCGAUGGCUUUGUCUACCUCUGUAUUUUCUACCUCAAGGACACAGAAUAUCGUGAGCUGUACCUGUCAAUAUGCCUGGAAACAUCAGAUAUGUGCAAGCUCUAUAAUGGUGCAUAUCGGCAUAAUGAGGCGGCCCAUCCCUAUGUCAUGGCAUGGCCUCCCUCUUUGGUACAAAGCAAGGAGGAAUCAGAAACUGAAGAUGAUGAUCCCAAGGACACAGAAGAAACUUCCUCUGUCCUCAUCGCUGCACUGCAGUCUUUCAGCCAAGCUUUGAUGAAUGCUGAUAAAGAAAAAGAAAUCGUUGCAGAGUUAGAUGCCUUCUUGCGUCCCGCCAAAGAUGGCAAGGGCUCUCUUAUCAGCAGAAUCGCCACUUUGGAUGUGCAGAUGACGACCGCGAGAAACCGUAUCCUGAGGAUAAGUGAAUGA